GUCUAUGCACCGGGCCUUCCCAAUCACAGCCGCAAAUCCCCUUCUCGCAGAAGCCAAGCACAACGCCUAGCGCCGCUCGCCCGCUUCUCCGAGAUGCCGCUCCGGCGCAUCCUUGGCCUCUCCGCCGCCGUCUCCGGCCGCCUCCGCCGCGGCUUCUCCUCGUCCGCCUCGCGCCCUGCGUGGGCUAUGAUGCAUCCGCUCGCGAGGCUGGCAGAAUCGACGGCGCCGCGCGCGUCGCUCCGGUUCGCCGAGCCCCCGUGCCUCUCCCACCUCAUCAUCCCCGCCCACCUCGCCGACCCGCCCAGCCGCGACCCCCGCGGCGAAGACGUAACCAUAAUCUACGGCGGCGUCCUCAAAACCUCGAGCGGCGACGGCCUCCUCCUCCUCGCCUUCAUGGAUAUAAGCGGCACCGCCCCCAUCGUCGCCACGCACGGCGGCACUCAGGAGCGCAAGCUGACUGGCGUCGACCUGGACGUCGACAUGAGGCGAUUCGUCUGCAACCCCCUCAGUGGCCAGAUGUUCCGCCUCCCGGACAUCGACGGCACGAAGAAGACGGAGUGGUUCUCGGAGAUGGGCAUCCUCACCCAAUCUGAACGCCCCGACCGGCCGCCUGAAAGGUACGCCGUCGCCGUGCUCAGCGAGGACCGCGACGGGCAGGAGGGGAGGUUCGUCAUGCGGCGGUUUCUCUCGCAAACGGGGGAGUGGGAGAAGCUGGUGGGAUUGCCGUCCCCACUCCCGCUCGCGCGGCGGAUGAAUAUAGACCGCGAGGUGCUGGCCUUGGCCGGCCGGCUCUGGUGGGUCGAUGUGAGCUGGUGCGUCGUCUCCUCCGACCCGUUCAGCGACCAACCGGACCUCCGCUUCAUCGAGCUGCCGACGGGCAGCGUGACAGAGCCCGUGGAGGGUUGGGAGGACCAGCGGGUACAGAGCAGGUACCGCCACAUGGGGGUCAGCGAGGGGAGGCUGCGCUACGCCGAGGUGUCCCGGGAGAAGCCUUUCAUGCUCAGUUCCUUUGCCCUUGAUGAUGAUGACAGCGGCUGGACGCUGGAGCACCGGGUGGCGCUUAGCCGAGUCUUCGCUUUGUAGAAGCGCCGCAGGCGCUUGGCGGGCACCGCCGAAUGCCCGAAUGGGGUCAGCGAGGGGAAGCUGCGCUACGUCGAGGUGUCCCAGGAGCAGCCUUCCUUUCUCAGCUCGUAUGCCCUUGAAGAUGACGGCAGCUCCUGGGUGCUGUAGUGCAAUGUCGCCCUCAGCCGAGUAGCCGACUCUGCAAGAUUUAUGGCCGCCCAUUUAAGGACACACCAGGGAUUGGUGCUAUUGACCCACUGAAGGCUUAUGUCACAAGCGGCAACUUUGUUUUCGCUGUAGACAUAGACGAAGUCGGUUCGGUUCUCAGUGCCCUUCACCAUUUUCCUGACUUCCUUAAACCAUGUGUGCUCUAAUCGUGGCUUGAAUCAAGCCGUAUCCCAUCUGCAGCAUGGUAUAACUUAGAGAGUGGAUUUUAUGAGCAUAAGGCCAGCUGCCCACCCUAUGAGGUGGCACACUCUCACCAUCGGAUCGACAAUGGAGGGCUGAGAUUAAGCCACGUCACCUGUGGGCUGAAGCGACUUAUCACAAACUUUAAAUUGGGUAUCUGGAUAUCUAGGCAAGAAGGUGCUAGAAACAAGACUGGCAGAUGUUCUGGUUCAUUCAAAUGGAUACUUGACGAGAUGAAGUGUACCAGGUCCUAAUGUUUCCUAUUGGAUUCUCAGGUUUCUUAAAAAUCAACUGUCAGAGGUGUCUUACACAUAAGAAGUGCGGCCGAAGAACUCAGCUCAAUCAUCAUGUGCCAAGUGCCAAGGACCAACCAUCACAUAGAACUACGUGUUGUGUUGGAAGAUAAUGGAUCAUCUUUUCCUAUAAAAAGGUUUUUUUAGAAGUUAUAAAAAGGUUGAUGCAUAAUUGUUUAACUUACUUGGACUUGUUAUCUGCAGCAAGAGAUUUCUGGAAUCACAUUGUUUUCAGGCUUUCAGUGGGUUAGCAGUUCAGCAUUCACUUGCUGGCGGCAACUGAUCAGCGCUUCAGCAGUUCAGGCUUAAUACAUUUUCAGGUCUUGCAGAAUGAUUUGCUUUUGCAGCUUGGCUGUAAUAAAAAUAGGCUCUGCCAGUUGUACGAGUAAGAAAUUUAUGGAUGAUUUUCUGAUAACUUUGUAUCUUAAUUGGAUGGUCAGUAUAGCUUGGGUUGUUUUCCAUUUUUCGUCAGAGGAGCCUGGAGCCUAACUAACGGCUUCAGCUUGUUCAGUUGGGCCUCUAGGUGAUAGCUCCUGGCUACUUUGUGGGCUGCACUCCCAGCCUCCCAGGCCCAAGAAGCAGAACAUUUUGGCGGGAAACUAGUGCUAGGAUAGCAAUGUACUAC